GUUCUGAUAGAACUAUAGUUUUUACAAUUCAUUAACCAAGUGCAGAUAUUUAUAUGUUAUUUGAUUAAGUGAUGCUUUUAGUACAUGGAAAAUUUAUUUAUUAAGGGAAGAGAGAUAAAAUGGUUGAAUAUUUUAAAAGCAUUGGUUUUGAUUGUCCAGCUCAUUCUAAUCCUUUAGAUUAUUUAAUGAGUAUCAUGCAUCAUGAAGACUUAAAUCAUCCACAUUAUUAGACAUUGUUUAACAAUUACAAUAAUCAAUUUUAGAAUUAAAUCUUAAAUCAAAUAGAAGAAAUCUAAAAAUAAACUAUAUAAAGACAAACAAUCUAAACAACAUUCUCAUUUUAAGUGAAAGAAAUUUUUAGAAGAGGAAUGAUUAAUAUGAAAAGGGAUAAAGUUCUUGUUAGAGGUAGAAUAAUCAUGACUAUAUUUAUUGGAUUAUUAAUUGGAGGAAUAUUUUGGACUGCUGGAAGUGAGCCAGGUUAUAAAGGAAUUUAAAGCACUAUUGGAGUUUUAUUCUUUUUAGUAAUGAGUAGUUUUAUGGGAGCUCUUAAUCCUGUUAUUAUUUAAUUUCCAGAUGAAAGAGAGGUUUUUUUGAGAGAAGAAAACUCUAAACUUUAUACUACUGCUGCUUAUUUCACAGGUAAAAGUUCUGUUGAAAUACCUUUUCUUAUUAUCUUUCCAAUAAUUUAAUAAUUGAUAUGUUAUUGGAUGAUAGAUUUAAAUGAUAAAUCAGCAGAUAUUGUUAUCAUCAAUAUUAUUAUUUGUAUACUUCUUGGUUUGAGUGGAAAUAGUUUUGGUAAUUCUUAGUCUUUAUUAUUUCUAGGAUUAAUGGCAGGAUGUAUGUUUACUGAUGUUAAAGCUGCUUCAGGAUUUCUCCCUGUUGUUUUAAUGCCUUUAGUCAUUUUUUCUGGUUUCUAUGCUAAUCAAUCUCAAUAUAUGGAUUGGAUUGGAUGGAUUUAAUAUCUAAGUCCUAUGAAAUAUGCUUUUGAAGCAUUAGUUUGGAAUGAAUUUGAUUCAAGAAGUAAUGAAUUUGUUGGUACAAGCAUUUAGAAUAGCAGUCCUAUUGACACCUAUGAUUUAUCUUUAGGUUUAUGGAAAUGUUUAGUAAUUCUAACUGCUAUAAUCCUUUUUUUCAGAAUAAUGGCAAUGCUAUUUUUAUAUUUAUUAAGAUAAAAACAACAAUGAUUUGUAU